UCGAGCCCGAACAGCGCCCGUUCUCACUAACGACGACAAAACAAAGCUUGAGCGAACUUCCAAUCAACCAUACACUCGCUACAUAUUCGCUGGUUCCCCCCUCUCACGAUCCUCGCAUCGCCGAAUCUUACUGGAACCACCGGCCCUUUUGGUCGCAGCGAUGGCGGGCAAAGCCGACAAGAUCGACAAGAUCAUCGCGCGCCUGCAGCAGCGCAUCACCGAGGGGCAGUUCUACGAGGCGCAACAGCAGACCCGCGUCGUCGCGGCCCGCUACACCAAGGCCUCCAACUGGUCCGCCGCCACCGACAUCCUCUACAAUGUCUCGCAGUCUCUGCUCAAGGCCGGCCAGGGCGGCAGCGGCGGCGAUCUCAGCGUCCUGCUAGUCGACGUCUUCAAGCAGGCCGAGCUGGUGCCAGACGCCGUCAACAAAGGCAAGCUGCUCGCCUGUUUGAGGCUGUUUCCGAGCGAGGAGCCCACAAGGAAGAAGUUCAUUGGAGAGAUGAUUGCCUGGUCCUCCAAGUUUGGCGAGUUUCCGGCCGGCGACCCCGAGCUCCACCACGUUGCCGGAUCACUAUACGCCGAGGAGCACGAGACGUACGACGCGGAGCGGCACCUGGUCCUGGGCACCAAGGACUCGCCCGAGAUCCUGGCGCGGAUGGAGUACGAGUGGUACAAGGAGGACGAGUCCCACACGGCGCCGCAGUACGCGGCCCGCGCGGUGCUGCCGUACCUGCUGGUGGGCAACCUGCGGGCGGCCAACGCGUGCUACCGCGCCUUCACGAGCCGCCUGAGCGCCGACAACCAGGGGCUGGGCGUGCAGGACGUCAGCAGCAGCGGCGGCGGCGGCGACCUGCGCGUGUUCCCCAGCCUGCCGCUCCUCAACUUCCUCGGACUGCUCCUGCUCGCCAUCACAAGGGGCAGCCCGGACUCGUUCAGGCAGCUGGCAGCCAAGUACGCGCCGCACUUUGCCGAGUCCCCGGCCUGGGCGGAGCCCCUCGAGAUCGUGGCCGAGAUGUACUUUGGCAUCGCCAGGCCCCGGCAGAGCAACCCGCUCCUCGACAUGAUGGGGAGCCUGUUCAGCGGCGGCGGCGGCGGCGGGGCUAGUGCAGGGAGGAAACCUCCUGUCCAGCGCGUCGAGGCGCCCAUGGCCGAGGGGCUUGACUAGGUAUGGUGCGGAACGAAAAGAAGAAGAAAAAAAUAGGUAGCUUCUGAUUGUAGUUUAUACCCGAGUACAGCAUGACGAUGCACAUGAAGGAAGCAAGUUCUGACAUCACAUAUUUGCGAAGCUUAAAGCCGACGUCGCCGUCAUGCACAUUAUGAAUACCGUGGUGGCUCUUCCCUCUCAAACAUCCAGU